UAAAAUGCCGAUUGAUUUCUACUAUUUACUAUUACUAUACGAGUGCCCCAUCCCGGGCCGUAUUCAUGACUAUCCGUCAGUUGAAACUCAAUGCAAAUCUCAAGCAUAUAGACCUCACUGAAGGGCAACAGUUUAAACCAGAAUUUUUCAAAUCCUUUGCAUACCGUUCCCUACUCAGCAACAAUGGGCUCGUAAUAUGGGAGAGUCGGGCUAUCAUACAAUACCUGUGCAACCAUUACACAACGGACAGUGGGCUAUAUCCUAUCUGUGCUAAAAAGCGGGCAUUUGUCGACUUUUAUAUUAAUAUCGACUUUGGUCUGGGUACAACUAUUGACAAAUUUCUGUUUUGCAAAUUUGAAAAAUGUGUGGACACACCACCAGAUGAAAUGACAAAAUUCAAGGAAGUCCUACAAGUAUUGGAUCAAUUGAUCGGCGAUAAGGCAUACCUAACGGGAAAUGAGUUGACAAUCGCCGACCGGUCCUUAUUGGCCACCACUGUCUACAUAAAGUGGUGUGAAAUCAUUGAUUUCAAUGACUUCCCAAACUUGCAGCGCUGGGAUUCAUGGCUGAUGUCUGAACUGCCCUAUUAUAAAGAGAUCAAUGAUAUACCCCGGGAGAAU